GCUCAGUUAGUCAGUCAAUCUCAGGCACUCGCAGGAGAAGUCAUUACCAUCUGGACUAGCAGUGGGACGAGACCGGAGAACUGAGCUGCACCUGUCCCACACACACACACACACUCACUCAGGGGAGAGAUCACACACAGCCUCUAUGUGUGGCUGGGACCAGAGCGUCCUGGCUGCUUCUCAUCACAGCUCGGCAAUGUUGACUACUGAGGGAGCACCCUACACCGCUGACAAUGAGGAGCUCAAGAUGGACGUGGAGGAUGCAGACAUGACAAAAUGGACGGAGGAAGAGUUUGAGGAGAAAUGCACGUACGUGGUGAAGGACCACACCUGGGAGGGUCCGGUGGAGAGCACACGGGCCGAGGCGUCCCUGCCCAGGAACCUGGCCUUCAAACACCCGGCGCACGCCACAGAGGUCAUUGGUGUAGUAAGCAGAGAAUACAUCCCCAAAGGCACACGCUUCGGCCCCCUUGUGGGAGAAAGUUACACUGCAGAAAAUGUCCCCAAAGAUGCCAACAGGAAGUACUUCUGGCGGAUAUACUCAAAUGGAGAGUUCCGUCAUUUUGUGGACGGACUGGACGAGGAGAAGAGUAACUGGAUGCGUUAUGUGAAUCCAGCUCAUUCCCAGCAGGAGCAGAACCUUGCCGCCUGCCAAAACGGGAUGAGCAUCUAUUUCUACACCGUCAAGGCCAUUCCUGCAGACCAGGAGCUUCUGGUGUGGUACUGCCCCGAGUUUGCCCGCCGCCUCAACUACCCUGCCUCCGGAGAGAUUAUGAUGCAAAAACUCAAGCAGAGCCUGAUUGAAGCCAAGCAGCAAGCGACCGAAGUCAAGCACCCGGUGAAAAGAGAGCACAGCGUUUCAGAGAUCUUGAAAGAUGUUCUGCAAGAACCCAGCAGACCUCUUCCCACCCGUCCUCGUUGCCCAAACACCCCAGACCGACCUCUUUACCCCAGUCCUGUCUAUCCGCUCCGCCCUUCCCUAAACGAGGACUUUUUAAAGAGCACCACAGUGUUUGGCCACCCGACACGCUCCCACAGACAAUGUUCAGCGACGCCCAGCCCUUCCGCACACAGCAGUCCCGAGAGAAGUCCAGAAAGCAGUCCUGCACCAGCAUCCCUUGAGCCACGAGACACUCUUCUCUCCUUCUCUCCAGCACUGUACAGUCGAGGCCUGAACCACUACCAUGGCUACUCACCGGCCGGCCCAAUGCCAUUCUACCCGAACCCGCACUACUCACGCUACCUCAUGCCCCACUACCCUGUUAGUAGUUUGAGUGGGCCACCAACCCUAGGGGGUAUGUUUCCACACAUGUACCCGUUUUACAGCAGCCUGAUCCCCCCUCAUGUACCCUUCCCACCUGGGAUGCUUCCAUCCGAGGGCGGUCGACAAUUCCUGCUUCCCCCUGACUCUCCGGCUCACAGGGAUCUCCUUCUCCCAGCGGCCACCAGUGCCUUUUCCGCAGCCACUUCUCUGAAAGACAAACCCAUCAUCCACGGGCACGGGCACCACUACGCCCCUGCCGGCGGGUCUCCAACAGCCGGUUCGGGAGCCUCUACGGGACGCGUUCCUACCAAGCCUACCUCAGCCAUUCUGAGCACCAGCCGCACAGAGGACGAGGCCAUCAAUCUCAGCAAGAUGAAACGAGGCUCCGCAGGCUACAAAAGUCUCGAUUAUCCACUUAAGAAGCAGAACGGGAAGAUCAAGUACGAGUGCAAUGUUUGCACCAAGACUUUCGGUCAACUUUCCAAUCUCAAGGUUCACCUGCGUGUCCAUAGUGGUGAACGACCCUUUAAGUGUCAGACCUGUAAUAAAGGUUUCACCCAGCUGGCUCAUCUGCAGAAACACUUUCUGGUGCACACCGGAGAGAAACCCCACGAGUGCCAGGUGUGUCACAAGCGUUUCAGCAGCACGAGCAACUUGAAAACACAUUUGCGGUUGCAUUCUGGGGAAAAGCCCUACCAGUGCAAGAUCUGCCCAGCCAAGUUUACACAGUUCGUCCACCUCAAGCUGCACAAACGGCUACACACACGAGAGCGUCCGCACCAAUGCCCGCACUGCCACCGCAACUACAUCCACCUAAACAGUCUCCGGCUCCAUCUCAAAGGCUAUUGCCUAGCGCUCAUCCCUCCUCCCAGCUGCAGCCUGGACGAACUCAACCGCGUCAACGAGGAGAUCGAACGCUUCGACAUCAGCGAUAAUGCAGACCGGCUGGAAGAGAUGGAGGGGUUUGACGUGGACGGCAUGGUGGAGAAACAGAUCUUUGGUUUGCUCUGGCAAGAGAUGGAUUUUAAGGCGUCGUAUCACACGGUUAGCACAAGCGGAGACCGGCACCCGUCGACACCGUAUCGUCUGAGCGAACAUGGAAGUGAGGCGUCGGUCAUUAAGGUUCAUUGCAGCAGCCCUAUUCAACUCCUACCCAUCACGGUUAAAAAGGAGACAGAGGAGGCCAUGGAAACCUAGCCGACGAGACGCUUUGGACAAGAAUGCACAAUUCUUCUCAAAGAAUCAGGCCUUUAAAGGGAUAGUUCACCCAAAAAUGAAAAUUAGCCCAUGAUUUACU